GUCGAAAGAUAAUGAUUGUAUUUUGGUAUUAAUUUCCCACAAAGCAAUCAAAUUGAAUCUGCAAAAUUCUGUUUAACAAUCGGUUUUAAAUAUAGCUCUUUAUUUUAGAACGUCAACUCAAUGCUUCAAAGCAAACAUUUCUGAAAGUAUCAACUGUCAGUGAAAUGUAAACUAACCAAAAAAAAGUAUUGUUUUGAACAUUAAAGUUGAAAGAAAAUAAAUUCUAAACCUCGCGGGGUAAAGUUCUUCUUCGUUUGUCGUGUGAAAUCACAGAUAAUCUUGGAAACUUCUUAUUUCGUCCGUCUUAUCUAAUGACAUUUGAAAAGAGAAUCUAUUUGCAAUUUGCAAUACACCAAUUGUUUUCUACAGUUUAUCUUACGAAAUUAAUUAUUUCUAAUGGUUAUUAAGUGUAGAAAUAAGUGAAUAAAUAUAAAAAUGGAUGAGAAAUGUGGUUCUAGUUUUAAUAAUAUUAGUAAAAAACAGAAAUCGGACUUUUCGAAACACUGUUGUUUUGGUUGUUUAUGUGAUAACAAAGAGGAAAAUGUGCAAAAAUAUUCAUUUCAAAGCGGUCCGCUAAGGGAAAUAUUUCAGAUGGACUGCAUUCUUCUAUGUCACUUAUGCAAGAAGAUGGCGCAGCGCACAGAAAUGUUCAUACAAAAUGUACAAAGUAAUCAUAUCUUACUGGAAAACUUUGAAAGUGUUUUAGAUGAAACACUAAGCACAGUACGUUCACAAACGCAGCCACUAGUCAAUCUGUCCCAAAUCACGUACUCCAUAGAGAUAUCUGAGAAUAGCCCAAGUUCUGAUGAGGGGUUCUCAGUGGUGUACUCCUCGAAUAUACGGAAGCAGUUCCAGGUUAAAGUGGAGAUGAAGGAAGAGGAAUUGUUUGAUGAUCUAGAGGGAGAGUUUGUUGGGAAUGAUGAAUUUUCAGAAUCAUGUGUUAAAGAAGAAGACGAAUUUCCUUUAAAAGCUCUACUCAAAGAGGAACUGGAAUUAGGUGAUAUUGACAGUUUGGACCUCAUGACUCUUAGUGCUACACUCAAGAAAAAUAAACUUAAGAAGAAACAUAAAAUCAAAGAUGAAGAUGCCGUUGCAAAUGGUGCACCAAAAGUAAAAAUAGUAUAUUUAACAAAACAACAAUGUCUGGACGAGCGGGCGCGAUUAGCACAGGACCCUAAGUACUUAGGCUGUGCGUUUAGGUGUGAGAAUUGUAUCAAAGGGUUUAGUUUUAAAGGAAUCUACGAUAAGCAUAUGGAGAGGCAUAGUGAGUUCAUGGGUGACCACGAAUGUGAUGUAUGCAAGCAGAGAAUGGAUUCCGAAGAAAAACUUAUGGGUCAUAUGAGAUAUCAUUUAGUUCGCUACAAGUGUCCAGAGUGUGGUCUGGUCCGCAGUUGCCGCGGCACUAUCCUAGACCACUACAUGGUGCAUCACUGUCAGGGGCUCAACCACAAAUGUCCGCACUGUACUAAGACUUUCCCGCGGCGCGGCUCGCUCCGGCGCCACGUGUCGGCGGCGCACGGGGCGGGCGGGGCGGGGGAGGCGGGCGGGGCGCGCGCGCGCGUGCUGUGCGCGCACUGCCACAAGCGCUACGCCAGCAGCGACGUGCUGCGACAACACAUGCUGCUCAAGCAUGCAAAAGAGGUAUCAGCAGGAGAGGUCACCAAGAAGUACGUGUGCCAGGAGUGCGGGAUGGCCUUCAAGGCACCUUCGCAACUCAGGAACCACAGCAUCAAGCAUUCAGACAACAGGGACUAUUACUGCGUCGAAUGUGAUAAAAGUUUCAAAACGGACGCCAUAUUGAAGAAUCAUUUGAAGACUGCUUCGAAACAUGUCAAUUAUUUAGAAUUACCGUUAGGAUGCCCACACUGCGACAAACGUUUCUCAAUACGAAGAGACUUAGAGCGACAUAUGAACAGGAUGCAUCUGAACAUCAAGCCGUAUUCCUGUGAUCGAUGUGAUAAGGCAUACACGAACUCGUGGGGCCUGAAGGACCACCAGCGUCUCGUCCACGAAGGGUACAAGAGGCCCCUUCAGUUCCCCUGCACCAUGUGUGAUAAAGUGUUUAAUCGCAGUCAAAUCCUCAAAAGCCACAUUCGUACGCACACUGGCGAGCGCCCGUACCAGUGCAGCAAGUGUCCCGCCAAGUUCAGCCAGGCUAGCAUACUGCGGACACACGACAAACUCAUACACCUCAAACUGACUAGAGAUGGACGGCCGAAGGUUAAAUAGCGAAUAAAAUAGAUAAAAAAAUCUAAGUGAGUCAUGUGAGUUGAGUGAGACGUUAAUGUUCAAUUUUAUCAAAUUUUGUCGAUUUUAUACUGAAAAUUUCAACGUGCUAGUUUGUCGGGAAGUGCCUCAAAAUUGAGUUGCAAAAAUCCAAAAAAUCCGGAACGACAAUCAUACAAACAAACAAACAAGUGAGUUUAUAAAACGUGGUAAAACAUCUGGUAAAAUGUUAAAUAAAUGCCGAAGAGAAAAUGUGUGUAGGACCAAUUUGUGCAACAUAAUUCAAUUAUGUCGGGUUCGAUGACCGGUGGUUUAAAAUUUUCCUCUAAGUGUGAAGAGCUUUCUGGCAAUUAAAACGUUUGGUGUAUGGCUCGAGUCAACCAAAAACAUUUGAAUUUUGGUUAUGAUUCAUACCUUUAUUUUCUUUGUGCUUUUCCGUUUCCCGAUAUUUUCUUUAUUUGUGAUCUUCGAUUUUUUUCUUCAUUUGUGCCAAGUUAAAUGAAAUUGUAAGUUAAUGCUCAGUUUGGUCACCUCAAGCUUCAAUUUCUAGCUAACUAUGUGACAUCAAGUGAAGCAAAACUCGAUCCGCUUUGCCCCGAUCAGGAUCGAGACGCCAUAAUAAUGUUUUUAAUUUUAAGUUGUUUUGAUAGUGCCAUAAAACGGGCCAGUUAAAAAUAGUUAAAAUAAGGAACUAGAAGAAUUUUAAUAAAUAAUUUAGUUACAAAGUUA